AUGAGCACGGAGGCUACUUCCGAUCUCCCAGCCAGCGACCUAUAUGACCCUGAUGACGUUUUGCCCAGGGAUAGCCCACUACUGGAGCCUCGCCGCCCAAGGCUAAAGUUGUCGCCCAGCCCGGCGCCCACGCUCUCUUCCUCGUCCACAAGCUCAGCAGCCAGCCGUCGCAAUGGAAGAUUAAAACGCCGAAAUUGGGUGCGACCAAACCAAGGCGAUGCCAUCCUAAUUGGCCAUCUUGACGGACACCGGCGCGAGCUCGCGGCCUAUGAAGGGAUCGAUCCCUGGAUCACCGAUACCGAGGACUCGGGUGGCCCAGAGGACGCGGAAGAGCCGAAGCACCCCGCAUUUCGCGACCGGUCGAUGUCUCCUGCCUCACCCUCCGGCGACCAUCGCGCCGGUAUGGAGCGGGGUCACGACGACGCAUCGAGUCGGACGGCCAACGGAGAAUCUGCUCAUGCCCCGGGCAAGACGGCUGUGGGGCCUACGACAGAGAAUGUGGGCGCGUUUGAUCUGAGGGCUCUGGAGUCCCUAGCAGCGGAUGCGCUAGCUGUUGCUGAACCUCGCACAUUGCCCGACGCUGGGCCCACGCCCCCCGUCACCGACAAUGAUGUCGUCAGCGUGAAAGGGCAUCCGACGCCAGCAUCUACCAUGCCGAUACAUACGAGACGGAAUGGGACUCAGCAGCCCGAGCGUACAGGCCCGCCAACCAUGCCGUCCCCCUAUAGCCCUGCCAGUAUCUACUCGCCCCGGGAGGUAGGAAGUACGCCCAUGUCGUCAAAGACGGACAUGAGGUCACCCACAGCGAGCAUACACUCAAGCACUCAAGGCGAAGGCCUGCCACCCCUUCAACUUAACUCGCCGAGAUACGAGACGAGCGGUCAGACCUUGCCGUCAAUCCGAUCACAACUCGGAGACAUCCCGCAGCUUGUCCACAGCCCCGGAGCAGGAAGUGUAAUGAGGGGCCUUAAUCAUAGUUUCUCGGGCUCACCGCCUACUGGCAUGCCUCGCCUACCAUCCUUAUCCUCCCAACUGGGCUCGCCCCCUCUGCCGCCGGCCGACCCUUAUCGCGAUCCGUUAUCUCCCAUUCACCCACUCGCGUACUAUCCCCCGUCGAACGGCCUACAUCGCCCCCACGAGUUUACUGCCAGCUCUCCGGAAGCGGUUGGAUCGCACCAAUCUGGCUCGCCCCUUUCCGUACAAGGGCUCGACCGGAUGAGUAUAGAUGGCAUGGCUAUUCAAACCGUCGGGAGCUACAUUUGCAGGGUUCCUGGUUGCCAAGCCUCGCCCUUUCAGACCCAAUACUUGCUCAAUUCGCACGCAAAUGUACAUUCAUCCGCGAGGCCGCACUACUGUCCGGUUCAAGGUUGUCCCCGUGGCGAAGGUGGUAAAGGGUUUAAGCGGAAAAAUGAGAUGAUUCGGCAUGGACUCGUACAUGAAUCGCCAGGGUAUAUCUGCCCUUUUUGUCCAGACCGGGAUCAUCGAUACCCCCGACCUGACAAUCUUCAGAGGCAUGUCCGUGUCCAUCAUGUCGACAAACAAAGGGACGACCCUCUUCUUCGCGACGUCCUCGCACAACGACCGGGCGGGCCGAACCGUGGCCGGAGGCGCAGAGCUGGGCCAGGUUAG